AUGACGGCUCACACUACACGAACUCCUGGGGUAUCCAGUCCUCAUAAUAUAUCGAGACGGCCCUCACGAACCGUAACGAAAUCAACGACACCCAUAACUUCGCCUUGCGCCGCCUUUUCUGUCGGCCAAAAUCACCCGCCUAAGAGCUCUCCCAGCCGCAGAACGCAGGCACGCGCCCCAAGCCCCAACUACUUUGGCUUGGUCAUCGACUCGAAUGUUGAGGUAGCCGACUCCUCAGCCCCGGGAAAGGAUAAUUGGAGCCCUGGUUCCUCGAUAAAGUCCUUCGCCGCGGCCUUACCCAAGACUGUCCCGCUCGAACCCAACUCGGAAUUUGAAGCAUUCAGGAGGCAGGCGGAUCGCAAUCGCGGUCCAUCCUUUGCCCUUCCGACAACCAGCCAUGUGCCGUCAGCCUCAGCACACAUGGCCCGUCCCCGACCGGCUCGCUGGCAUUCUCAUAGCAAUGAACCUGCCAGUGAGCCGUCGUCAUUUCGACUGGCCUUGAAUAGGAUUCGCGCCGACAUUGGCUCGGGAGCGAGUAAAAAGUCCGACGCUGAUCAGAACAGCCUUCGUGAUUCCGCCUACGUAUCCAUGGACUCGAACCGCAAUUCCGAUGUGUCGUUGAAACCACCUCAGCUUGUAGGCCUUCCGCGUGUUGCAUCUCCGCUUCCUAUCGAGGACACCCGGCAGCAACUCCAGCGGUCCCAGCACCCAUCUAAUACGACAUUACCCGCUGAUCACCUUCAAGAGCGAUUCACGCUGAACGAACCUAGGCUACGCAGGUCAUCACCAUCCGUCGGCAAUCUAGCACGUGCUUCCACGCUGCCAAUGAAGCUUGACAUUGUUCAAAGCCCCUUCAUCUCUGGCGAUCAGCUUGUCAACAUUAUGGACACGGGUGAUAUGGACGGUAUCCUACUCAUUGAUGUUCGUUCAGUUCAGAAUUUCUCUCAGAGCCGCAUCAGACAUGCUCUCAACCUCUGUAUCCCCACAACGUUGUUAAAACGUGCCACGUUUGGCAUCGAGAAGCUCCAGCAGACUUUCCAGGAUAGUAUCAACUCGACAAAAUUCAACCGCUGGAGGGAUAUGCAAUGGAUCAUUGUCUACGACACCAACGCUUCCGACAACCGUGACGCAUUCACCGCCCAGAGCAUGAUCAAGAAAUUCACGGCAGCGAAUUACUCUGGCAAAACUGCCAUUUUACGUGGUGGCUUUAAUCUUUUCCGUCAGUCAUUUCCCAGUUAUGUCGACAACGAGCCAGCACAGCCACCAGCCACGAGAUCCCAGAAUGCGACCGCCGACAGCAACGCACUUGCGCCUGUCAUUGGAGGUGUUAUGCUGCCGACCAGCAUGCAGGAGCCCAACCCAUUCUUCUCCAAUAUUCGCCAGAACAUGGAUCUAGCAGACGGUGUCGGCCAGUUUGAUGUUCACAUGCCUGAUGGCCUUGAUACCUCAUGGCUUCCCACAUGGCUGUGCGAGGCCGCUGCGCCUGGGGAUCACGGCAAAAAGGUAUCCGACAAGUUUCUUCACAUUGAACAGGAUGAACAAUCUCGCAUGAGAGGUGCCUAUGCCGCAUUCAAUCCCAACAACGCAACGUCGGCGAACAAUAUCCAGCUAUGUGGUGUGGAAAAGGGAGGUAAAAACAGGUACAAGGACAUUCUUCCAUUUGAGCACAGCAGAGUCCGCUUGAAAAACAAGUCGCCUGGCUCCUGUGAUUAUAUCAAUGCCAGCAAGCUCUCUGCGUCGCGUAGCAACAAGAAAUACAUUGCCACGCAGGGUCCGCUGCCGGCCACAUUUGAAGACUUUUGGUCUGUUGUUUGGGACCAGGAUGUUCGUGUCAUCGUCAUGCUGACGGCAACGACCGAGGGCGGGCAACUGAAGUGCCACCCGUACUGGGAGAACCGCGAGUAUGGCCCCAUUCGAUUACGGCCUUUAUCCGAGAAGAAGGCUUCGCUCGACAUGGACAAGUAUAGACCUGACUCCAACAGCACGCCGGCCCAGAGCUCCUCGGAGCGUGGCCGGCGCCGAGCAAACACCACAACAGUGUUUGAGGCAGUACCUAGUUUCUCGCCCAACGAAGAGGCGCCGUACGUCAUCAUUCGCAAGUUUGCGCUAUCGCAUUCUUCUCACCCUUUCGCCCCGAUUCGUGAGAUCACCCACCUGCAUUUCCCUGGCUGGCCUGACUUUGGAACCCCUGCCAAGCCAUCACACUUGCUCGCUCUCGUGGAACUGGCCAACGUGAUGCAACGCGCUUCUCUGCCCGUCGAGACCAGCACCAUCGUUGACUCUCGCAAAGCUUCAGGAGGCGCACUGCCCGUUACGUGGAACGAUGGGCCAGAGGUCGAUGAGAAUAGCCGGCCCAUGCUGGUUCACUGCUCAGCGGGCUGCGGUCGCACUGGCGCUUUUUGUACUGUCGACAGUGUUGUUGAUAUGAUGAAGCGGAAGCGUCAGGCGGAUCUCACCGGCAUCACUGUUAAGGACAAAGAGGGCGACGUGGACAUGCUCGGCCCUGCCGAUGGUGUCGUGUCUUCGAUGCCCUCCGAUUCUUACUUUCAGAUGGAUUUAGGUUCCUCGGUUACUCAAGUUGCCAAUUUACCUCAUCAGCAGCCCAAGUCCGCAAGGCUCGACACCACGUGGCUGCGGGAUGACUCUAUCGACUUGAUCCAGAAAACUGUCCAAGACUUUCGACAGCAACGUCUCAGCACUGUGCAAAGCCUGCGGCAAUACGUGCUAUGCUAUGAGACGGUUCUGGAGUGGAUGCACUGCAUGCAGGACAGAACAACCAGCACCGUAGCCGGACGCAAGCGCAGCGGCAGUUUGACGCUGACGUUACCUCAUUAG